AUGGCAACCAAAAUCGAAUCCCAUUCACAGUCGGCUUCCGCGCCAAGCAAUCCUUCAAUCGACGAGAAGAACGCCAAAUAUGAUGCCGACCUCGAACAAUCCGAUUCAGCCCCGGCAAAUGGUCUCCUGGAAGCCCUUGGCUAUGAGCCCGAGCUUACAAGGAACCGAUCAACACUCCAGGUGGCCUUCAUGUCCUUCGUUCUCGCAUCCAUUCCCUAUGGAUUGUCAACAACAUUCAUCUACCCCCUCUACGGCGGCGGUCCCGUAAAUAUCAUCUGGGGAUGGCUGAUGGUUUCAGCGAUUAUCCUUUGCGUCGGGGCCUCUUUGGGUGAAAUCACUUCAGUCUACCCAACCGCCGGGGGUGUCUAUUACCAGACAUUUAUGCUCUCUUCACCCGCUUAUCGACGAAUCUUUGCCUGGAUUUGCGGAUGGUCCUACGUGGUAGGCAAUAUUAUGAUUACGCUCGCUGUGAAUUUUGGAUCAGCCCAGUUUAUAGUCGCCUGUGUCAAUGUUUUCGAGACAUCGUCUGGAGCUGGAGUCCUUGCAGGAGAGUCAUAUCAGAUUUUCCUCAUCUUUCUUGCUAUUACCCUUUUGUGUAAUGCUGUAUCAGCAUUCGGUAAUAAGUGGCUACCCCAUCUUGAUACAUUUGCCAUUUUCUGGACUCUAGCUGGUGUCUUGGCUACCGUUAUUUGCGUCUUGGUCAUUGCCAAGAAUGGCAGACAUAGUGCUGAGUACGUUUUUACAAACUUCGAGCCUCAGUCCGGAUGGCCGGUAGGCUGGUCGUUCUGUGUUGGACUCUUACAAGCUGCUUAUACCACUUCAUCGACCGGAAUGGUUAUAUCAAUGUGCGAAGAAGUCCAAGAGCCAUCCCGCCAAGUUCCGAAAGCUAUUGUCGGCACGAUCAUUCUGAACACACUCGCCGGUCUUCUCUUCCUGAUCCCCUUGGUCUUUGUGCUUCCCAACACGCAGGAGCUUCUUGCGCUACAAUCUGGUCAACCCAUUCCCACCAUAAUCAAAUCUGCUGUCGGUAAUUCAGCUGGUGCAUUCCUUCUACUACUUCCACUUGCCGUUCUCGCUUUACUAUGUGGUAUCGGAUGCACCACAGCUGUAUCGCGAUCUAUAUGGGCAUUCGCAAGAGAUGGGGGUGUUCCUUAUUCCCGAAAAUGGAAGGUGGUGAAUAAGACUCUGGGUGUUCCUUUCAAUGCCAUGAUUCUGAGUAUGGUAAUUGAAAUCGCCCUUGGACUGAUCUACUUUGGAUCGACUACUGCUUUCAACGCUUUCUCUGGAGUCGGUGUCAUUACUCUGACUGUGAGUUAUGCUUGUCCCAUUGCUGUUUCCUUUGCUGGAGGGCGAUCGCAAAUCAAAAACGGAAAUUUUGAUUUGGGCAAACUUGGGGUGUUCUGUAAUGUUGUGGCUAUAGCUUGGAGCAUUCUGGUUGUGCCUCUAUUCUGCAUGCCCUCUUAUAUUCCCGUCACUGCGGAAACUGUCAACUAUGCCCCGGUUGUCUUUGUAGCCUUCAUCAUUAUGGCUACCGCUUGGUACUGGGCCUGGGGACGGAAGAAGUAUGUUGGGCCACCGAGCGUUGAUGACGCGGUGAUUGACCUUCACCAUGAUGUAUCUUGA